CGCUUGUCCGUGCAUGCCGAUCCCGCUCUAUCGUUCACGCCGGUCUCCCGCUUUUCGCAUUCAUGGCAUCCAAAGCGGCGCGGCUGGAAUUUAACGACAAGUUAAUUUCGGCUGUUCAGAAGCGUGCCAUCCUGUGGGACUGCAGUCGCUAUGACUACAAAGAUCAAAGAAAGAAGGCUCAGGCGUGGGAAGAAGUUGCCGCCGAAAUAGGAUGCGACCUGCAAGAAAAAAAUCUACAGGCUAGGUGGAAGAGCCUGCGGGAUACAUUCACGAAAAAGUACCGGGUGCACAAACACGGCGCCCCGAGUGGCUCAGGUGCAAGUGACGCGAAGGAAAUCAAUGAUGCAAGCGUGAGCUGGCCUUAUUUCACCUUGCUGAAGUUCUUAAAAGAUCAGGCGGAAGUUGCCAGUACCAUAUCCAACAUUAUUCAGCCUGCUGCGACUGAAACCGCUGAGGAAGUGUUCGAGAGAUUGUACAACACUGGAGGAGCUCAGGAAGAACAGGAGGACGAGAUUUGCAGUGCCCCUACAAGCUUUGUAGAAGAAAGUAGUGUUGAGGCAAGGACGUCGAAUAGUGACGACACAGCAGCAUUACACUCCAGCUCCAUAAAACAUGUAUCAGAAACUGCGAGGAGGAGGCGAGCCCAGAAGGCAAACAGAGGUACGUGGGAACAAGAACUGGACAGAGUUGACGCCCAAAUAGUCGCUAACAGCGACAAAGGAGCCUUGUAUGGACAGCUGUUGGCAGAAAAGUUUCGCUCUUGCCCUAAAAGGUUAAAGUCACAAAUGGAACUUGAACUCUUAGAUUUUUUAAAGAAAUACACCUUCGAAGAACCUCAAUAAAAACCUCAUGCAUACA